CGAACACAAAAUAUUUUCUCUAAUAUGGAUGGUUUUGUCUAUAACCUUCCGGGCGCAAACCCUAAUCAACAGUUCUUUAAUAACCAAGUUCCACUUGUAAACUUGUCUGCCACGUCAGAUGAGUCUAACCGGAGUGCAGAGGAUGAUGAGAAGAAGCGGAGGAGGAAGGUUUCGAACCGGGAAUCAGCUCGGAGAUCGCGUAUGCGGAAAAGGCGACACCUGAACGAGUUGUGGUCCAUGCUUGUUCAUCUCAUCAACGAGAACAAAUGCCUGUUCGAUGAGCUAAGCCGAGCCAAUGAGGGCUACGAGAAUGUUGUUGAAGAAAACAAGAAACUUCGGGAAGAAAAUUCCAAGUUGAGAAAGAUGAUUGGUGAGAUAGGUUUCUAAUGUAGAGAGCGAUCAGA